AACUAAACUUUCCUACCCUUUUCUUUCCCCUUCUCUUCAGGUAAAGAGAUGAUCCAGUAAGCCAUGGUUUCUGAUGAUUUCAGCUUCCCAACGAUCACUGAUCCCAUCCCUUGCUUCGUGGGUUCGCCGCCUUUAUGGAAUGUUUCUUAUGAAGUGUUCUCUGGUUCUUCUUAUGGGAACAGAGGAGAUAGAUCAGAUGAAGAGCUCCAAAGAAGAAAGAGCUUUCCAAUGGCGGAAAGAGACAUGAAAUUAGAAGAUGAAGAGAGGAUGGACAUGUUAUGGGAGAACUUCAAUGAUGAAUUGUUACCUUCUUUGGAUAAGAACAAAGAGGAGAGGAGGUUUCAAAAAGGCGGUAAAUUGGAUUCGGGUUUGGCUGGAGAUAAAGCAGAAUUGUAUUGUGUGAAGACCUGGAAGAUGUCUAAACCAAGCAACAGUACUACUGCUAUGUUAUCUCCUAAGAAACCAAGUUUGUUGACAUUGAUGAAGGUCAUGAAGAAGUUGUUCUUGCUUCACAACUCUCACUGUCAUCAAAAGAAGAGCAUUUCUUGACUAUUUCCAUCUGGGUUUCAUGUUAGAUUCUUUCUGAGCUUCUAUUUAUUCAAUUUG